AAUCCCUGCCAACGGCAAUCAAUAAUGUCAGCACGUCACUCAACUCCCUCUACCCAUCCCCCUCCCUCUUUCGUGCUGAUAAUAAAUACCAUAAAAUUCAGUUCUCCAACCUUCUUAUUCCCGUUGUCAUAAAUAUACAUUUCAACCUUGUAACAGUCCGCAAUUUUAGCGAAAUUCAAUGGCUAACUCAACUCAGCUCAAGUCUGAUGCUCUGUUGGAGCAGAUGAAACAGCAUCUGACCACUGAUGCCGGUAAAGAACUCACUAAGAAAAUCGGCCUUGUAUAUCAGAUCAAUAUUGCUCCCAAGAAAAUUGGGUUUAACGAGGUUACUUAUAUUGUUGAUCUUAAAAAAGGAGAGGUCACUAAAGGGACAUAUGAAGGAGGGAAGCCCGAUGCUACAUUUUCUUUUAAGGAUGAAGAUUUUCUCAAGGUUGCCACUGGAAAGAUGAAUCCCCAGAUUGCUUUCAUGAGGGGUGCAAUGAAAAUUAAGGGAAGCCUUAGUGCCGCACAGAAAUUCACUCCAGAAAUUUUCCCAAAGCCUUCAAAGAUGUGAGCAGAUACCUUAAGAGGGGUAUUUGCAUUACUGUUCUUUCAAAUGGGUCAAAUGUUAAAUCUAGGUAUAGACAUGGUACAACGAUAGCAAGUACCAUUGCAAGUGUCCACCAAUAUCUGUAGUUGACAAACAUAUUAUCAGUGCUUAGUAAUAUGCUACUAGUUUGGAGACAUUUAUUAUUUCACAUUGCUCUUUGUUUAUCAUUGAUAUGCUUUUUUCAUGGAUUAAAAUCUUGUGCUCGGUUGGAUUCGAGAUAUCGUUUAUUUAUAAUCUUUCAAUAAAGUUAUACUAAUUUGCUU